AUGGGUCCCAAGAAGGAGAAAAGCAGCCUCAAGCGGAAUAGGUAUAGUACCAACGACGAACAUGAUACCAAGAAGGUGCGACGGUCCGAGAGGUUGUCCUCACAGUCUCAAAAAGACCCGAACCAACCUCACAACACACCUCUAAAGGCGCAUUACCUCCCAUCGCCUUUGACGGCACAAGAAUCCACCGCUACAGAGCCUUUCAAAGAGCGAACCGCAAGUCCGCCCGAAGGCCGUCCCAGUCAGCUGCGUCAUGUUACUCCCCCAUCUCCCCCCCAGCUCUACGCCCUCUCUUCUCCUCCACAAGACACACAGCCAUUGUCACAAUUUAUAUACCCGCCCCAAGACCUCCAAGCUGAUUUGGACGAUGACGACGGUACUUGGGGCUACCUAUUUCCCUCCGCCGAGGUUGGACAUCGCUUGACCAUGAAGAGAAGAGCUUUUUGUCCCGCCCCAAUCAAACCUCUCGAAGUUUCUAGACAAACAGUCAAGAGCAAGAAGCGCGGGAAAAAGGAGCUCGCAGGCGACGAAGAUCAAUAUGAAGCCGAGAAAACCGUCCAAGGUUUUCCCGCCGGAGGGUAUCUGAUAGGUAGACAUCCCGAAUGCGACAUGGUCCUUGAUAUUCCCACCAUCUCCAACCGUCACUGUUUACUCUUCAACGAAACCCGAAACGGCGAUGUCAUUGCUGUCCUGGAAGACCUGUCCAUCAAUGGCACGUUUGUACAAGAGCAAUUGGUCGGUCGGAAUAAGCGACGGGAAUUGGAAGACGGCGAUGAGAUUGCAAUAUUGGAUGAGGCUCGCUUCGUGUUCCGUUAUCCCCGCAGCCGGGAUUCCAGUGCCUUCAACUCGCGAUACCGUGUCCUUCAGCAGCUCGGUAAAGGUCAUUUCGCUACAGUCUAUCUAUGUGUCGAGCGAUCCACCGGCUUCAAAUUCGCGGUCAAGAAAUUCGAGAGGCGUAUGGGUGACUCGCAACGCUCACAAACCGAAGGUCUUCAGCAGGAGAUCGCCGUCCUCAUGAGUGUCAGUCACCCAAAUGUUCUGUGCCUCAAGGAGACUUUCGAUGAGCCUGAUGGCGUCUUCCUCGUUUUGGAACUCGCCGCAGAGGGCGAGCUCUUUAACUGGAUUGUAACGAAACAAAAACUCACAGAGGCGGAGACUCGGAAGGUCUUCAUCCAGCUAUUCCAAGGCACAAAAUAUCUCCAUGAGAGAAACAUUGUACAUCGUGAUAUCAAACCGGAAAACAUUUUACUGACAGACAAGAAUUUGUCGAUCAAGCUGGCAGAUUUUGGUUUGGCUAAAAUCAUUGGCGAAGAGUCGUUCACCACUACUUUGUGUGGAACCCCUAGUUAUGUUGCGCCUGAAAUCCUAGAAAAUACCCGACAUCGAAAGUACUCCAAAGCGGUCGAUGUGUGGUCUCUCGGAGUUGUCCUGUACAUCUGUCUGUGCGGCUUUCCACCCUUUUCUGACGAGCUCUACUCUCGAGAAAAUCCAUAUACACUCGCCCAGCAGAUCAAAAUGGGACGUUUCGAUUACCCUUCACCGUACUGGGACCCCGUCGGCGAUCCGGCAUUAGAUUUGAUUGAUCGAAUGUUGACAGUCGAUGUCAGCAAGCGCAUCACGAUUGACGAAUGCCUCGACCACCCUUGGACUCGCGAUAUUAGUUACAUCAAUCCAGCAGACUCGAUUGACGGCCUUACUGGUGUGAUGAACUCGCUCGACUUCUCUAAGCGUAAAGUUGAGCGUGAGCGUACUCUGCUGGCCAACAUCAACGAUAUCAAGGUGAGCAAAGUUGUGGAUAUCACAGCGAAUCGAUCAAAAGGUGAGAAUGGCUCCUGCCCACCUCCCGACACAACGCCUGCCCAUGUCAAGGUGUGGGACAAGAACCCCGCAGGCAAGAACCGCAUGGUCUCUCAAGGCAAGGGGAAGAAGGCAGCGGCCAACGCCAAGGAAGAACAUCCUGCUGCGAAUCGGCAGGAGAUGGAGUUUAUGGGCAUGGGUGGAAAGGGUGACAUGCAACUCUUUGGUGAUGAUGUCUCGUCCAGAUAUCUACCUGAGGAAGUCCCAAAGACCGCUGGGAAGAAGAAGUGA